GCACCCGCCAGCUGGGCCAAAAUGGGGAUUAGCACAGCUGCCUUUCUCUUUCUUUUCUUGCUCAGCUCAGUGAAAGGAGAUAUACUGGAUGACUAUUCAAGAACAGAUGGUGUUUGGAUACUUACACGAAAAAAACAGUUUUAUGAGACAAAUAAUGAAAAAGAAUGUGCAGACAAAUGUGAAGCUGAAAGAAAUUUUACCUGCAGGGCUUUCCUAUUCACCAGGAAAAAGCUACAGUGUUUAACACUGGCUGAAAAUGCUAAAAUGACAGUGACAUUCGCCAGCGCAGACACAGUUCUUUAUGAGAAGAUAAUUUACCUUAUGCAGUGUAAAAGAGGGAUUGGGACAGACUACAGAGGAACAGAAGCCAAGACUCAGAGGGGUAUUCCAUGCCAGAAGUGGGCAGAAAAAAUACCCCACAAACCAAAUUAUACACCUGAAAAACACCCCAGUGCAGGGUUGGAAGAAAAUUACUGCAGAAACCCUGAUGCAGAUGAAAGUGGACCCUGGUGUUACACAACAGAUCCUGCUGUGAGAUUUGAUUACUGUGCCAUCCCAGAGUGUGAGGACCAGUGCAUGCAGUGUAACGGCGAGGAUUACCGCGGAGAAGUUUCCAGAACAGAGUCUGGACUGGAGUGCCAGCACUGGGGUGUCCAAGAGCCUCAUAUGCAUGGAUUUAUCCUGAAACACUAUCCAGAAAAGGACCUGAAGAUGAAUUAUUGCCGCAAUCCUGAUGGUGAACUUCGGCCCUGGUGUUUCACUACCAACCCGAAUAAACGCUGGGAAUAUUGCAACAUUCCUCGUUGCACUACACCCCCAGCAGUCUCUGGCCGAGACUCCCAGUGCCUUUCAGGGAGAGGUGAAGACUAUCGAGGAAGGAUAGCCAUCACCGAAUCGGGCAAUGCCUGCCAACCCUGGAACACGCAGUUUCCUCACAAACAUGGCUGGACUCCUGACAGAUAUCCCUGCAAGGGCUUAGAGGAAAACUACUGUAGAAACCCUGAUGGAGAGAAGAAGCCUUGGUGCUACACCACCAACAGCAACAUUAGAUGGGAAUAUUGCACAAUUCCUCCUUGUGACAGAACAGAACAAGAGAUUGCUGAUGUGCCUGUACUAGUUCCCCUAACAGAGGAGUGCUACCGAGACAAAGGCCAGAGUUAUCGUGGCACAACUUCAGUCACUGCCUCGGGAAAGAAGUGCCAGGCCUGGAGCUCCAUGUUCCCACACAGGCACAUAAAAACCCCGGACAGAUUCCCGGACGCGGAUUUGAGGGACAACUAUUGUAGAAACCCAGAUGGUGACAGCAGCCCGUGGUGUUUCACCACUGACCCCAACACGAUAUGGGAGUACUGCAACCUCAAGAGGUGUGAUGAUCAUGCACAAGAGCCUGCAUCAAAUGCCUCACCUGGAAUGAUGGAACACAACAUUGGCUCAUCUACCUCCACCACAUCUGGUAACAGCUGGCUAUAAGUGUCACCUCCUGUACAGUCUGUGGGUAAAGGAAAUAGCAACC